AUGUCCUCCUUCGGCGGCGGCGGUAUGCCACCCAAACCCAAUGCUAACUCGAAUUUGCCACUGGCAGGCAUCAAGGUCGUCGAAUUCUCGGGACUGGCGCCUGGUCCUUUCGUAGGCAUGGUGCUGGCCGACUUCGGAGCCGACGUGAUCCGCAUCGACAAGACACGCACUGGCCUGAACCCUGACAGCUUGUGCCGCGGCAAACGCUCGUUCGCCGUUUCGCCAAAGAGCGCGGAUGGCCAUGCGCUCAUCACACAGCUGGUGCGGACUGCGGAUAUCGUCAUUGACCCUUUCCGUCCUGGCGUGCUGGAACGACUGGGUCUGGGACCGACGGAUUUCGAAAAGGAGAUCAACAAGGGCCUCAUCUUUGCUCGCCUGACAGGAUUUCAACGCACGGGACCAUACGCCAACAUGGCUGGACACGACAUCAACUACAUCGCACUGAGCGGAGUGCUCUCGAUGCUCGGCAACGCAGGCGGAAAGCCGCAGCCGCCGUCGAACCUGCUGGGAGACUUUGCGGGCGGAUCGAUGAUCUGUUUGCUAGGUAUCCUGCUUGCCCUUGUGGAGCGAGCACGCUCUUCGCAAGGACAGAUUGUGGAAGCGGACAUGGUGACGGGCGCGCGCUACGUUUCCUCGUUCGUGCUGCUGUCGAGCUACCUUUCACAUCCGAGCUGGGGAGCGAUCCACAGCGAUGGCACCGACGACACGCGAGGCAGGAACACGCUGGACGGAGGCGCUCCCUGGUAUGGCGUAUAUGCCUGCAAGGACGGCGGAUACAUGAGCGUAGGCGCGAUCGAGCCCCAGUUCUACAAGGAGUUGCUCGACAUCCUUCGCAAGGUGCUUCCGCAGGCACCGCAAGGGACCCAACAUCCAUCGCCGAGCACGCAGCACGACCGCGAUACGUGGCCCGAACUGCAGCGCUACUUUGCCGCAUGCUUCGCACAGCUACCUCGAUCCGAAUGGGAGCGCCACUUCAUCCGCACCGACGCCUGCACGGUGCCUGUCCUGACACGAGACGAGGCGGCACUGCAGGGAGUGCUGCCGGCAGCCUCUGCAGAGUCGGUCUCGGAUGGCAACCCCGUUAUCCCAUCUCCUGCGCCCAGAUUGACACGGACACCGGCAACACCACCUUCAGGGAGUGCAGGCGGAGAGUGGGAAGAGGAGAGUGCCGAGAUGCUGCUCACACCCGGCGAGCAUACGGAUGACAUUCUGUUGGAGUUGGGCAUCAGCGACGGCAAGAAGCGCAUCGAGUUGUAUCGCAGCGAUGCAGUCGAUGGGCCCGAUCGUCCAGAAGGAUUGACCAAGGCAAAGCUCUGA